AUGGCGGACGCCACCACGGUUACGGGUUAUGACCCGACCUCACUUCGGGUCGUGACGAUGGAGACCACCUCCUCGGACCAAGCCAUGCCCUCGGAGCACGAGUAUUUAGCCGACAUGGUGAAACUCUGGCAACGGAAGCAAUCCCAGGCCGCGGCUCCGCCCAAGGGCCAAGGGUCGCGCGCCGCCACCCUGCCACAGAAACCGGCAGGACCCCCCACUGCCGCCCCAGUUGUUAAACCCGUCGACCCUCAGCCUAGCCCUCGCGCUACGCCCACCCCGCGUACUCCCCCCGCUCCCCCGGCUUCGUCCACGGCGCCGGCUGCUCAACCAGUUACGGGGGCACCUCAGAGCCCUCUUUCUAUAGACCACACCCUGCCGCUCGAGGACCGUAUUACUCGUCUAGAAAAUGUAGUCCUCUACCAAAUUUCCACCAUUAAUGUACAAUACAUUGUAGCUGAGGUGGUUCAGGCGGUUCAGGCCUGGGCUCUCACCCAGUUCCGCACCAGAUCAUCUCGCUCGCGCUCGGCCUCCACGAGCAGCAGCUCUGCCCCGCGUCGACGCAAAGUUGCCGGUUCCUCUUCCCCGGCCCUCAACCCGGCUUCCAUCCCCCUUCCUGCUCCGCAAGGCCAGGGGCAGGGCAUGGAGGAUGACCCAUAA